UGCUCCGCCCCCUCCCUCCUCGCCGGGUGUGUAGGUCUGUACGGUGGUCGGGGCGCUGUGCUCUGUGACUGGGAGCGACCCCAGAGAGCUCCGGGUGGGGUGCAAAGGAAGGCAUAGCGGUGCAGUCGUCCGCUGGCAUCUUCGGCUCUGCCCUCCGCUCCCCACCCGGCGUGGAAAGUAAAAAUGAAAACGAAAGGGAGGGAGACGCGAAGGUAGGAGCUGACCGAGUGAUGGGAAGCGCGUGAGCUGGGGCCGAGAGCUGAGGAGGUGGAGUUUCAGGUUUCUCCUUGUACAGAUCACUGAGAAUAAUAGAUGGCUUUACCCCGUCUCACAGGAGCUUUGCGCUCCUUUUCAAAUGUCACCAAGCAAGAUAAUUAUAAUGAAGAAGUGGCUGACUUAAAGGUGAAGCGGUCCAAACUUCAUGAACAAAUUGUAGAUUUGGAUAUGACAUGGAAGAAGAUAGUAAAAUUUUUGAAUGAAAAACUGGAGAAGAGUGAAAUACAAAGUGUAAAUGAAGACUUAAAUGAUAUAUUGCAGGCUGCAAAACAGAUAGUUGGAAUAGAUAAUGGGAAAGAAGCAGUUGAAAGUGCGGCUGCAUUUCUCUUCAAGACAUUUCACUUGAAGGACUCCAUUGGUCACAAGGAGACAAAAGCUAUCAAGCAGAUGUUUGGUCCCUUUCCAUCAUCAUCGGCCACUGCAGCUUGUAAUGCUACUAAUCGAAUUACUUCUCGUUUCCGUCAAGACAAUCUCACUGCUCUUAUCCAGAUGACAGAGGAAGAAAAUAGUGAUAGAGUUUUAUUUGGUAAAAAUUUAGCAUUUUCAUUUGACAUGCAUGAUUUGGACCACUUUGACGAGUUGCCAAUAAAUGGUGAACCCCAGAAAACUAUAAGCCUUGAUUAUAAGAAGUUUCUGAAUGAACAUUUUCAGGAGCAUUCCACCCCUGAGCUCAAGCCUGUGGAAAAAACAAACGACUCCUUUUUGUGGUGUGAAGUUGAGAAGUACUUAAAUGCAACUUUAAAUGAAAUGGCUGAAGCAACAAGAAUAGAAGAUCUUUGCUGUACUUUAUAUGAUAUGCUUGCUUCCGUUAAAAGUGGUGAUGAACUUCAGAAUGAGCUAUUUGAACUGCUGGGACCUGAUGGACUUGAACUUAUUGAGAAACUCCUUCAGAACAGAAUUACAAUUGUGGAUAGAUUUCUUAAUUCUUCAAAUGAUCAUAAGUUGCAGGCUCUUCAAGACAAUUGCAAAAAAAUUUUAGGAGAAAAUGCUAAACCUAAUUAUGGUUGUCAAGUUACUAUUCAGUCUAAACAAGAAAAGCAAUUAAUGAAACAGUAUCGCCGUGAAGAAAAAAGAAUUGCUAGACGAGAAAGAAAGGCAGGAGAAGAUGGAGAAGUUGCAGAAGGACUUAUGAGCUUUGAUCCUAAGGAAUUGCGGAUACAAAGAGAGCAGGCCCUUCUGAAUGCUAGAAGUGUUCCAAUUCUGAGCAGGCAAAGAGAUAUGGAUGUUGAAAAAAUACGUUAUCCCCAUGUUUAUGAUUCCCAAGCUGAAGCCAUGAGAACAUCAGCAUUCAUUGCUGGUGCAAAGAUGAUUUUACCAGAAGGAAUCCAAAGAGAGAAUAACAAGAUGUAUGAAGAAGUAAAGAUUCCCUAUAGUGAACCAAUGCCAGUUGGCUUUGAGGAAAAACCAGUUUAUAUCCAAGACUUAGAUGAGAUUGGGCAGCUGGCUUUUAAAGGAAUGAGGAGACUCAAUAGAAUCCAGUCAAUUGUGUUUGAGACUGCCUACAACACCAAUGAGAACAUGCUGAUUUGUGCCCCUACUGGGGCUGGAAAGACCAAUAUUGCAAUGCUUACAGUUUUGCAUGAAAUACGCCAGCAUUUUCAACAAGGUGUUAUCAAAAAGAAUGAAUUUAAGAUUGUAUAUGUUGCUCCAAUGAAAGCCUUGGCAGCCGAAAUGACAAAUUACUUCAGCAAACGUCUAGAGCCACUGGGCAUUGUUGUGAAAGAAUUGACUGGGGAUAUGCAGUUGUCAAAAAAUGAAAUUUUACGAACUCAGAUGCUUGUGACCACCCCAGAAAAAUGGGAUGUAGUGACAAGAAAGAGUGUCGGAGAUGUAGCUCUUUCCCAAAUUGUGAAGCUCCUUAUUCUUGAUGAAGUUCAUUUGCUGCAUGAAGAUAGAGGACCAGUAUUAGAAAGCAUAGUGGCACGUACUUUACGGCAGGUGGAAUCCACACAGAGUAUGAUAAGGAUUCUUGGGCUCUCUGCAACCUUACCCAACUACCUCGAUGUUGCUACAUUUUUACACGUUAAUCCCUGUAUUGGACUUUUCUACUUUGAUGGCCGUUUUCGACCAGUUCCUCUUGGACAGACAUUUCUGGGGGUUAAAAGUGCAAAUAAGGUACAACAAUUGAAUAACAUGGAUGAAGUAUGCUAUGAAAGUGUUUUGAAGCAAGUAAAGGCUGGACACCAGGUGAUGGUGUUUGUACAUGCUCGAAAUGCCACUGUAAGAACAGCUAUGUCUCUAAUAGAAAGAGCAAAAAAUAGUGGUCAGAUUUCCUGCUUUUUACCUACACAAGGACCUGAAUAUGGACAUGCAGAAAAACAGGUACAGAAGUCAAGAAAUAAACAAGUACGAGAAUUAUUUCCAGAUGGUUUUAGUAUUCAUCAUGCAGGAAUGCUUCGGCAGGACAGAAAUUUGGUUGAAAACCUGUUUUCCAAUGGGCAUAUCAAAGUUCUAGUCUGUACAGCGACAUUAGCCUGGGGUGUCAAUCUUCCUGCUCAUGCUGUUAUUAUUAAGGGAACACAAAUAUAUGCUGCAAAAAGAGGCUCCUUUGUUGACCUUGGAAUUUUAGAUGUCAUGCAGAUAUUUGGUCGAGCUGGAAGACCACAAUUUGACAGAUUUGGGGAAGGAAUCAUCAUAACAACUCAUGACAAACUCAGCCAUUACCUCACUUUGCUCACACAACAAAACCCAAUUGAGAGUCAGUUUCUGGAAAGCCUUGCAGAUAACCUAAAUGCAGAGAUUGCUCUGGGAACAGUUACUAAUGUGGAAGAAGCAGUGAAGUGGAUAAGUUACACUUAUCUUUAUGUACGGAUGAGAGCAAAUCCAUUAGUAUAUGGCAUCAGUCACAAGGCUUAUCAGAUUGACCCAACAUUAGCAAAGCAUCGAGAACAGUUGGUCAUUGAAGUUGGUCGAAAACUAGACAAAGCUCGGAUGAUUCGUUUUGAAGAGCGAACUGGGUAUUUUUCCUCAACUGAUUUGGGUAGAACCGCCAGCCACUACUAUAUUAAAUACAACACCAUUGAGACCUUCAAUGAAUUCUUUGAUGCUCACAAAACAGAAAGUGAUAUUUUUGCUAUAGUCUCCAAAGCUGAAGAAUUUGAUCAAAUCAAGGUCAGAGAAGAGGAAAUAGAGGAGCUAGAUGCCUUAUUAAACAAUUUCUGUGAACUCGCAGCUCCUGGAGGUGUAGAGAACAGUUACGGGAAAAUAAACAUCCUACUUCAAACUUACAUCAGCCGAGGAGAGAUGGACAGUUUCUCCCUUAUAUCAGAUUCUGCGUAUGUGGCCCAGAAUGCAGCUAGAAUUGUCCGUGCUCUUUUUGAAAUUGCUCUGAGGAAACGUUGGCCUGCCAUGACCUACAGGCUCCUGAAUCUUAGUAAAGUCAUUGACAAGAGGCUUUGGGGUUGGGCUAGCCCUUUGAGACAGUUUUCAGUCUUACCACCACACAUUCUAACAAGAUUAGAAGAAAAAAAUCUUACUGUGGAUAAGCUGAAAGACAUGAGGAAAGAUGAAAUAGGUCACAUGCUGCAUCAUGUGAAUAUUGGACUCAAGGUCAAACAAUGUGUUCAUCAGAUUCCUUCUGUUACAAUGGAAGCAUCCAUUCAGCCCAUCACACGGACUGUCCUCCGAGUGACGCUUAGCAUCUGUCCUGAUUUUACUUGGAAUGAUCAGGUCCAUGGGACGGUAGGAGAACCUUGGUGGAUUUGGGUAGAAGAUCCUACAAAUGAUCAUAUUUAUCAUUCAGAGUAUUUUCUAGUUCUGAAAAAACAGGUCAUUAGUAAAGAAGCUCAACUUCUGGUAUUUACAAUCCCUAUUUUUGAGCCUUUGCCUUCCCAGUACUACAUCCGAGCAGUGUCUGAUAGAUGGUUAGGAGCUGAGGCUGUAUGUAUUAUCAACUUUCAACAUCUGAUUCUACCAGAGAGACAUCCUCCCCAUACAGAAUUACUGGAUCUUCAGCCUUUACCAAUCACAGCUUUGGGAUGUGAAGCAUAUGAAGCAUUGUACAACUUUAGCCACUUUAACCCUGUGCAGACACAAAUAUUUCAUACACUGUAUCACACAGACUGUAAUGUCCUACUUGGAGCACCUACUGGAUCAGGAAAGACUGUUGCUGCCGAAUUAGCCAUUUUCAGAGUCUUCAACAAGUACCCUACGUCAAAGGCAGUAUAUAUUGCACCCUUGAAAGCCCUGGUACGUGAAAGAAUGGAUGAUUGGAAAGUUAGAAUAGAAGAAAAACUUGGCAAAAAAGUUAUUGAACUAACCGGGGAUGUGACUCCCGAUAUGAAAUCCAUUGCUAAGGCUGACCUUAUCGUCACCACACCAGAGAAGUGGGAUGGAGUCAGUAGAAGCUGGCAGAAUAGGAACUAUGUGAAGCAAGUCACUAUUCUCAUCAUCGAUGAGAUCCAUCUGCUCGGGGAGGAAAGAGGCCCUGUUCUAGAAGUCAUUGUAUCUCGAACAAAUUUCAUCUCCUCGCACACAGAAAAGCCUGUGAGAAUAGUUGGACUAUCUACCGCGUUAGCUAAUGCCAGAGACCUUGCUGACUGGCUCAAUAUUCAUCAGAUGGGCUUGUUCAACUUCCGACCAUCAGUACGUCCGGUUCCACUGGAAGUUCACAUUCAAGGCUUCCCAGGUCAACAUUACUGUCCUCGUAUGGCUAGUAUGAAUAAGCCUACAUUUCAAGCAAUUAGAAGCCAUUCUCCAGCCAAACCUGUUUUGAUAUUUGUCUCAUCAAGACGUCAAACUCGUCUUACUGCUUUGGAAUUGAUAGCCUUUCUGGCUACUGAAGAAGAUCCAAAGCAGUGGUUGAAUAUGGAUGAAAGAGAGAUGGAGAACAUCAUUGGAACACUAAGGGAUUCCAACCUGAAGCUGACACUUGCUUUUGGAAUAGGAAUGCAUCAUGCUGGACUACAUGAGAGGGACCGAAAAACAGUAGAGGAGCUGUUCGUAAACUGUAAAGUUCAGGUUCUGAUUGCUACAAGUACAUUAGCCUGGGGUGUAAACUUUCCAGCUCAUUUAGUAAUUAUUAAGGGAACAGAAUAUUAUGAUGGAAAAACAAGACGUUAUGUGGAUUUUCCCAUUACAGAUGUACUCCAGAUGAUGGGGCGUGCUGGGAGGCCUCAAUUUGAUGACCAAGGCAAAGCUGUAAUUCUGGUUCAUGACAUAAAGAAGGAUUUUUACAAAAAAUUUCUUUAUGAACCUUUCCCGGUAGAGUCAAGCUUAUUGGGAGUGCUCUCUGACCAUUUAAAUGCAGAGAUUGCUGGUGGUACAAUUACAUCUAAGCAAGAUGCAAUGGAUUAUAUUACCUGGACCUACUUUUUCCGACGUCUUAUCAUGAACCCCAGCUACUACAAUUUGAGUGAUGUGAGCCAUGAUUCUGUGAACAAAUUUCUGUCUAGUCUGGUUGAGAAGUCUCUGGUUGAAUUGGAACAUUCCUACUGUAUUGAAAUUGGAGAGGAUAAUCGGAGCAUUGAACCUCUGACAUACGGCCGAAUUGCUUCUUACUACUAUCUGAAGCACCAAACAGUUAAAAUGUUCAAAGAGCGUUUGAAACCUGAAUGUGGUACCGAAGAAUUGCUUUCAAUUUUGAGUGAUGCAGAAGAAUACACAGAUUUGCCAGUAAGACAUAAUGAAGAUCAUAUGAAUAGUGAACUGGCAAAAUGUCUUCCCUUUGAAUCUAAUCCUCAUUCAUUUGAUAGCCCUCACACCAAAGCACAUCUCCUACUACAGGCACAUCUCAGCAGAACCAUGCUGCCCUGCCCAGAUUAUGACACUGAUACCAAAACAGUCUUGGACCAAGCACUCAGAGUAUGUCAGGCAAUGCUGGAUGUGGCUGCAAACCAGGGCUGGCUGGUGACUGCCCUGAAUAUCACCAAUCUGGUUCAGAUGGUGAUCCAGGGUCGGUGGUUAAAGGACUCUUCUCUUCUUUCAGUACCAAACAUAGAACACCACCAUCUUCACGUUUUCAGGAAAUGGAGCCCAGGUAUAAAGGGUGUACGUGGUGGGGGCCAUGGCCUCAUCGAUUGCCUUCCUGAACUGAUCCAUGCCUGUGGAGGGAAAGACCAUGUAUUCAGCUCCAUGAUGGAAAAUGAGCUACCAGCUGUAAAAAUGAAGCAGGCAUGGAAUUUCUUAUCCCGCUUGCCAGUGAUAGAUGUUGGCUUAAGUGUUAAAGGCUGGUGGGAUGACUCAGAGGAGGGACAUGGUGAGCUCUCUAUCACAACUCUGACUUCAGACAAACGAAAUGACAACAGGUGGAUCAGAUUGCACGCUGAUCAAGAGUAUGUGCUUCAAGUCAGCUUGCAGAGAGUCCACUUUGGGUUCCACAAGGGAAAGCAAGACAGCCACGCAGUUACUCCCCGAUUUCCCAAAUUAAAAGAUGAAGGAUGGUUUUUGAUAUUAGGAGAAGUGGAUAAGAGAGAACUUAUCGCUUUGAAAAGAGUAGGAUAUGUUCGAAAUCAUCACGUUAUUUCCAUUUCUUUUUAUACCCCUGAACUACCUGGAAGGUAUAUCUACACACUGUAUCUCAUGAGCGACUGCUACCUUGGCCUGGACCAGCAGUAUGACAUUCAUCUCAACGUCACACCGGCGAGCAUUUCCGCACAGGUCAACGAGGAGGUCUCUGAGGCCUUGACUGACCUGAAAGUGAAGUAACCUGACCCGAACAGUCCGUUUGAGAGAAGUGGUUAAGCAGUCUGGCUGUUCAUUCAUCUAGACAAAGUCGAAUCACUUGAUGUCUGCCUUGGUGGAAUCAACUUCUGACCUCAGGACACCCAGAAAAUCGACAGCGGCCGCAGGAUUGGCUCCGGCGACACAAAGCUAGCUGAGGUGGCCUUUUCACAAAUGUUGCCUUUUUUAGUGUUGUCUUCAUGGGUUUCUUGGUAUGUGAAAUGAACACGAAUGUAGGAGAACCUUUGUGUAUAUUGAGAUGAGAUUUAGGAAUUACCCAUCAAAUUUUGCAUCUCACAGUGUAAUGUUUACAGGAAUGUUGGUUUGUUUUUUUCUAAGGGAAACUACACUGAGGUGUGACAGUGUUAGGAUUUGUUGUAACAGAUUUCUAACCCUGCAGUAUAAAACACAUAAGAGAAAUCUGUAUGGAGGCACAUAAUGUGGGUUGUUAGCAAAAUUUAUACUUGGAUCGCAUGUAGUUUCAAGAAUUUCUUACAGUCAAAAAUGUUAAUAAUAUAUGAUGUAAAAUUAUAUUGCAGAGCCCAGUGAUGAUAAAGACAACAGUAUAUCCUGAUCUUAGAAAAUGUAGAUACUGUAACUGGUGGAAAUAAAAUAUUGAGUGUGCCACUUCAAGACAAGCUGAUUCAAUUCUCUCUCCUGCUUCCUUCCCAUUUAUUCCCCCUUACUCUUCUCUUCUUUUCACGACCUCUACUUCAAGACUACGCUUCCAUUCUCUUUCUGAUAUAUUUAUUUACACAAGGAGAGAAGUACAGUCUAAUUCGUGUUGUAACAUGGACAGACCACACAGUACAAUUCCUCAUCCUUAUGCUUUCCAAGACAGGUCUGAGGCAAACACAGAACAUUUUCAACCCCUACAGGUAGGUUUUCACUUGUGAUAAAGGAAGUGUCUCUACGUCCAUACAGUUUCCAUUGCAAAAAGUACUUUUUUCAAACUAAGAUGUUGUUAGAAUCCCAUGUCCAUAUAAUAAUAUACAGUCUAGUGGAAUGAAAUUCUAUCCUUGGAAAGUAAUUUCAGUUGUUCCUGGUCCUGUAAUGAAUUAUUUUAAAAUACUUUCCAAUGUAACCACCUCAAGUACUAGAAUUUUAAAGUUUUUCAUAAACUGGAAUAUAUUGCUUUUGUGUACUCCUUUUCCAUGCUGAAAAAUCAUAAUAAUAAGGGCGCCUGGGUGGCUCAGUUGGUUAAGCGACUGCCUUCGGCUCAGGUCAUGAUCCUGGAGUCCUGGGAUCGAGUCCCACAUCGGGCUCCCUGCUCAGCAGGGAGUCUCCUUCUCCCUCUCCCGCUCCCCCCUCUUGUGCUCUCUCUCUCUCUCACUCUUUCAAAUAAAUAAAUAAAAUCUUUUAAAAAUAAUAAUAAUAAUAAUAAUAAUAAUAAUAAUAAUAAAAUAAGAAUGAAUAAAAGUGGGGUGGGGAGACCAGGCAUGCACUUUGCAAAAUUAAAUCUGAAUGACUAAUAGGAAGAUACUGAAGUCCAGUGGGUACGAGGGGUCUGAAGGGCUCUUGUCUCAGAAGUUUACUUCACAUAAACUUUAGAGUUAUUUCUGCUUUUCCUACAGUGGCUAUUUCCUCAAUGAAGUUCAUACCUUAACCACUGUUCUUGUGGAAUUAAAUGAAAAUGAAAGAUUAUAGACAAAUGGUCACCAAUCUAAAGGCAGCUGAGGAGAAACAGUCUCAUUGUCUUCAUGUUUAUCAGCAUCAUUCCUUUUUGUUGAGAGACCAUGCAGGUGUGGGGAGGUAGGAGCUCUACUUCACUGGACAUGUGACACAGGACAUAAGAGCAAUAAGAAGGAAUUUCUGUUCUGUCCCUCAGAGAGAGGGAAAAAUAAUGUGACUGAUUAAAUUCUAAAAUUAAAAGUGAUUAGUUUACAAUAAGGUGCAGAAGACACCAGUGAGGCAAGGUGUGCCUGGAUGGAAACGUUCCAUUCCCAGUGAGUGAUGAACACUAUUUGUCCACGGCUUUAUUCUCGCUCAUUAGUCAACCAAAAUGUUAGUGUUAAGUGUACAUUCUAACAGGACAUGUGCCAACAUAAUCAGACUAAUUUCAUAUUCCAUUUUAUAUUCCUCUGGAUUUCAUCAAGUUCAAAUAAUUGAAAUGCCAGUCAGAUACUCAUUCUAGGUAGUAUGUUGAGUACUCUGAUACCCACCUGAAUCAGAGACAUAUCCUGCCCUUAAGUCAGCCUAGUGAUGAAAAUAAGAGGUAGUUAUAAUAAAAGUAAUUGCAGCAGUGAGAUAUUAUUUUAAAAAAUCAUGAAAGGACAUGUAGGCUGAGAUUUGAAGAUGAUUAGAAUUGUGAAGGCAGAGAUGAAAGAACAUUCCAGGUAGAUCAGCAUUAACAAAAGCUCUGAGAUAGCCCCAUCUCUAGGAAGUCCAGUUGGUCUGCCUUUUCAGAAACAUGAGAGGGAUCAAUAGGCAAGAAGGAUGGAAAAAUCUGGAAUGACCUUAAGUUAGAGGGUAAGGACAGCAAGUCUUAUGUGUAUACAGUACAAUUCCUUGGCAGGUCACCACAGAAGAUUAUGACAACGGACCUUCUGAGAGUGGAACAGAGAAGUGGAGACAUGAGCUAGCCGGGAGUCUGGGAAGGCAUGCAUCUGUACCUGUGGUGGAUAAUGCGUACUAAAUACUGACAAGAAGCCCAGGAAGUGAGAACCAAAUCAAGAGUUCUGGCUCUGUGGAUAGUAGGUCAUUAAUAGUAGAUUGUUAAGAGAAUAAUUUCAGCAAAAUGGGGAAGGAGGAAGCUCAGGUAAGGCCUGAGUGGGCAAUGAGAAAGGAGAGGCAGUAAGUUCCACAGACUUCACUUAGCAAAGGUCUAAUGAGAUGAAGUGUGUGGUGGGAUAGGGUGGACAUUAGUUGGAAGAAUCAGAAAGCCCCUGCAACUUCCAUUCCUUAUAUAUACAUUACUACCAUUGAACUGAAGCUAAAAUUCUUCACCCACACUCCCAAAAAUACUUGGGUUGUUCUUCAGUCUUAUCCCUGUUCUCCCUCAGGGCAAAGUGGAUUCAUUCUCUUGCAAACAGGUCCUCUUGUUUCUUGUUACAGUUAGGAACAAUUGAAAUUCAAGUGUCAGAAACAAUCCCACAUCCCUACAACCCCAACAUAAGAAUGCAGGACCUUCAGCCCCAACAAUGAGUUGACAUGGAUAAGGAACCGUUCUCUGUCUAUACUUUCCAAAUUCCAUGGUCAGCUUUUUGAUGGGAAGAGGAUACAGUGACGGGAUAUUUAGUCACCAAAAAUUACCUGUUUCCUCUUACCUUCACACACACAGAUGAUGCAACAGUGAAAAUCUACAAAAUAAGCCCUCGUCCUCAAGUUUUGACAUUCCCUUCUAGUAAACUAAUUCAGUAGCCUAGAAAACUCCCCAAGCACACUCUCCACACACACCUCCAGUUGCUCAGACCAAAAACCUUGGAGUCAUUCUGACUCCCCUUUUCUCCCAACUCACACCUAAUUUGCCCACAAACCCUUUUAGCUUUUCCUUUAAAAUCUAUCCAGAAUCCAACCAUCUUUAUUGCUACCAUCCUCAUCCACACCACAUCCUCCUGCCCAGCCUCCAUACUGCUACUCUUGCCCCUUAUAACAUUUUCUCUCAACAACUAACAUCCUUUUGAAAGGUUUAAGUCUGAUGAUUAGCCUGCUCUGCUCACAAUCUUCCAAAGCCUUUCCAUCAGAAGAAAAGCCAAACUCUUCACAGUGCCUACAAGGUACUGCAUGGUCUUCGCCUCUUCCCCUAACUACCCCUGACCUCAUCUCCUCACUCUCCCGCUUGCUCACUCCUCACCAACCUGAGUGGUCACCUUGCUGUUGGUGAACAUCAUGCACAACCUUUGCUCUUACUACUCCCUCAUUCUCGACAGCUCUUUCCCCAGACACCCACAGGUCUAACCAUCUUAGUUUAAGUGGCAACCCCACCCGAGCCCACCAGUCCUCCCCAUCUUCCUUUCUUGUUUUUCUCCAUUGUUCUUAUCACCACAGAAAUAUUUGUUUAUUGUUAGUCUCUCCUGACUAAGCUUCAGGAAGGCUGGGAUUUAUGUUGCUUUUGUGCCUGGAUUCAUUAUCAGGACCUACAGCAUUACCUGGCACAUGGUAGCUGUUUAAUAAAUACUUGCUGCAUGACUAAAUGAACAUGAAGACACAAGGAUUCUAAAAUACAGCACACACACUUCAGGUGACUCUUCUAGAGAUCGCAGCUAGUCUCACAGAUUCACCAAGAGCAGGGUACUUACCUGAACUUCUUACAACAUGUCCUCAGAGGAAAGGGAUACUUAGGUUAAUUGGUAGUUUUAUUGUCAUGAUGACUCAUUAUUUAUGGAAAAGAAGAAUGAAAUAUUUUUAUGUAGCAGUGGAUCUUGGAUAUUAUAGUUAUUUUAAAACUUCAAAUUAUAAUAAAACCUUUUCAGCCUGAGGUUGUACUCUGUCUUCUCUCACCAGAUGUCUUUCUUUCCACCAUCACUACUGCUAACUAUUCACGAUGAAAGGGUCCCCAAACAGGAACUCCAUAUGCUUGAAGAAUAUGAACUCAUAAUAACUUUGGGCCUUCUCUCUUUCAGAAAUAAUCCAAACUGAGUAGGCAAAGGUUAUUUCAUGACCCAGCUUCUUUAAAAAGAAAAAUCUGGGGACACC